AAAAAUUCUAAAAAAAAAUUCGUGUGAUUUUUCAUUUUUUUUAAAAGCGUCUACAUCACAAGCCUUUUUGCUUUGUUCAUCACACCAUCACGGAUUGAUCAUCAUCAUAUUACAUCUCUAUAGAAAAUGAGCGUUAAAGUAGAAGAAUCAACAUCUGCUAUUGAUUUGUAUAUUCACCCACUUAUUCUGAUUAACAUUUCAGAUCACUACACAAGAAAAAAGUAUCAAUUGAAGGGAUCAUCCGGUGAUGCUUUUGAUUCCAAGGUUGUUGGUAUCCUCUUUGGUACUCAAGACGGAAGAAGAGUUGAAGUUAGAACUUCCUUUGAAUUAGUCUUCUCUGUCGAUAAGGGAGGUGUUGUAAAUAUUGAUCACAGCUAUUUGCAAGAAAAGGUCGAACAAUAUAAACAAGUUUUCAAGAAUUACGAUGUUUUGGGAUGGUACUCAACAGGAACAGAAAUCAGAAAGGAAUACUCACAAAUUCAACAAGAAAUUGUCAGAUACAAUGAAAAUCCAUUGAUGCUUUUAGUUAGUGUUGCUUUUGGAUCAGUUCAAAAGGAAUUGCCAUUGUAUGUCUAUGAAAGUAAUAUUAACAAUACAACUGGUAGUGAAAUUACUUGGGCUUCACUUACCUACAAGAUUGAAACCGAAGAAAGUGAAAGAAUUGUUGUUGAUCAAGUCAACCGUAUGGACAAGAGAGACGGAUCUUCAUCAUCACUUAUUCCACAAUAUGUUACAGUUUCAAAUGCUGUUGGCAUGUUGAUUGAACGUGUUGAUAUUUUGGUCAAUUAUUUGGAACAAGUCAAGGCAGGAAAGAUUGAACCAGAUUACAAAAAGUUACGUGAAAUUUCAUCCCUCUCCCAUCGUUUGCCAGCUGUUGUUUCUGAUAAGUUCAAGUCUGACUAUGUUAAUGAUGUCAAUGAAAGUCUUAUCAUUACUUACCUUGCUACCAUGACAAAGGGUAUCAAUCAAUUCAAUAACGUUGUUGAAAAGUACUCUUCCCUCAGUGCUGGUAAGAAGAGAAUGUACUAAAUGUAAUAAAAAUUGUACUUUAUAAUAAGUUAAAUUUC